GCUCGACCUGGAUCCGCGGAACAUCGCUUUUGUGCACUUCAAAGACAGCAGCUUUCAUAAUCUGCUCUUUCUCCUCGUUGCAAACCGUUAUUGCGCCUCUUCGUCUUCGGUAGCACUCAAGAAUAAUGUGGGCGCGUACGAGGAACAUCAAGAUUCAUCUCUACUCCAACUUCCUCCGUCGGACUCUGUCACCUCCUCCGAUAGUGUUGGCUCUCUCCCGAGCAAAGCGAGUUCCUGUGCUUCAUUGCCCUCUGAGUGUGGGGGAGGUGAAGCAGUAGCGCGAGUUGACGACAUACCACAACCAAUCCGAUCACCAGAGCUCGUGCGUGGAACUCGCGACUAUGACGCAGCGAAUGGUGCCUCAGCUCAGCCGAGCACCGCCGGUUC